AUGGAGCCGAGAGAAAAUUUAGGCCCUUCCCGGACGAGGGGAAGUGAGACGGACUUCUUGGUAUCUACUAUCGCUUCUGCCAAAGCUCCUUCUGCUCUUGGAGUAUCUGGAGAGAUCCUGCUCUCUACGUCCAGCUCUACAAAAGGGAUCUCGGGGAGCGGAGAUCAUCAUCGUAUGGAAAUUGAGGAAGAGGACGAGCUUGGCUCCAGGAGGGAUGUGGAUUCCAUCUCCAACGCCGACAGCGAGAAGUGGGUAACUGGCGAUGGCCUGGAGGAACAGGAAUUCUCCAUCAAGGAGGCCAACUUCACCGAGGGAAGCUUGAAGUUGAAAAUCCAGACCACCAAGAGGGCCAAGAAGCCCCCCAAAAGCCUGGAGAACUAUAUUUGCCCUCCAGAGAUCAAGAUCACCAUUAAGCAAUCUGGGGAGCCCAAACUUUCCAGAGCUGGGAAAAACAGCAAGGCCUCCAGAGAAGAAGACCAUACUCACUCCAAAAAGAAGGUAAGGGAACGCCUCACCUGGAAUACCGCAGCCAAUUUUGAUCCCCAGGACUUCACCAGCGACACCUUAAAAUCGCGGCACCAGCAAAGAAAUAGCAACCAGCAUCAUCACGACUGGUCAUUGACCUCUGAGCCUGGAGCGACUUCUCAAGCUUGCUUCCUUCCUCCAGAGCCAAACCGAGAAGUCACUAAUUCCCCUAAGGUCUCGGGGUCAGAGGCCGGACUCUCGUUCAGCAAAUCCCAAGUUAAGAAGGCAAAUUCUAACAGCGCCUGGGCUCAGCUGACGGGCGGUAGUAACAAAGAUCUUUCCCCUUGCACUGCAACCCCAGGGUCAAACACGCUCGGAGUAGCUUCCCAGGCUGGCAAUCUGGUUGACUGCAGUGGAUUUUUGAAUCCGGAGGCCGGAGGGCAGGUAGACCCCCUGGAUCAAACCAGCACCAGCUCGAAGAAAAAGUCCAGUAAGAAAGACUUAAGCCACCAGACCGUCCCAAAUACGGACCUAGAAUGGAUGAAAAACGCUCCAAAGUCAUUGGAAGCCCAGCCCAACAACCACGUGGACGGGAAGAAGGAAUCCGGCGCGAACAAACUGCUGUCUCCCCGACAAAGCCCAAAUUCUGCCAACCUUUCUGAAAACGAUUCAAGCCAUGUGCGGAUUACUAUCCCGAUCAAAGGUCCCAUAGGGGAACCCCCCGGUCACAAACGGAAGAAAAGACAGUCAACGAAAAUGGCUCCUGAGAAGGCCAUCUUGGAGAAAUCUCCAUUUUCUGGGCACCCCGUAAGCAGCGAUGUCGUAGUCAGCCGGAGUAGCAGCCAAGCCGACUUGUCUAAGAAAGAUCCCCGUAUUACAAAGCUGGGGAAAAGUCCUGAGAUCGAAUCUCCGUCAGCGGUACCCAGUGAAAAAAAUGAGAUGACCAAUAAAUUGCCCUCAAGCAAUGCGAACAGGCUUAGAAAGACCACAACCGUCACAUCUGUUUCGGUGACAAAUGAUAUCCCUGCCCUCAGCAAGCAUUUGGAGAUUCAGCACCCCAAAUUUUCAGCCAAACGAAGGUGGACUUGUAGCAAAUCUAAAAACGUGUUCCGGGAACCUUCUCUGGGUCCAUCUGAGAAGCUGAUGAUAGAGCCUCCAUCCGCUUAUCCCAUAACGCCGUCCAGUCCUCUCUAUACCAACACAGACAGUCUGACUGUGAUCACUCCCAUCAAGAAGAAGAGGGGCCGACCCAAGAAACAGCCUUUGCUCACCGUCGAGACCAUCCACGAGGGAACGUCCACCAGCCCAGUCAGCCCGAUCAGUCGGGAAUUCCCGGGUACAAAAAAAAGAAAGAGGAGGCGAAGCUUGGUCAAUCUGGCUCCGAUGCCUUCGGGAGAAGAAAACUCGUCCGGCGAGUUGAAAUUUCACAAAAAGGUGGGCAAGCUCGGCGUGCUGGAUAAGAAGACCAUCAAGACGAUCAACAAGAUGAAAACCCUCAAGAGGAAGAAUCUCUUGAGCCAGAUCUUGUCGUGUUCCAGUAAUAUCUCUUUGAAAGCCAAAACCCAGCCGCCAGCCAGCUCGGGAGCUCCAACGAUUGACGCGAGAUUAGGAAAGCAAAUCAACGUGAGCAAACGAGGGACGAUCUACAUAGGCAAGAAGAGGGGGAGGAAGCCGAGGUCGGAGGUCCAGUCUCCGCCGGAAGACCCGAAGACGGUUGUCAAACAUUUGAGGCCUAUCUCUAGCCAGCCUGAUCACCCAGCCGUGCCUUUAACCUUGCAGUCCCUCGUGACGUCCUCACCAGCAACGGUUCACCCGCUCUCAAUGCAGCUCGUGGGGUCUCACGGCAACCUUAGCCCCGCCAGCACCGAAACCAAUUUUUCAGAGUUAAAGACGAUGCCAAAUCUACAACCCAUCAGCGCGCUCCCCACCAAAAUUCCGAAAGGAAUCCACGGCGGGACUUGGAAGUUGUCCCCACCCAGGCUCAUGGCCAACUCUCCUUCCCACCUUUGCGAUAUCGGUUCUCUGAAGGAAAUCACCUUGUCUCCCCUGAGCGAGUCCCAUAGCGAAGAAACCAUACCGAGCGACAGCGGCAUCGGCACGGACAAUAAUAGCACGGCGGAUCAAGCCGAGAAGACGUCAGAAUCUCGCCGAAGAUACUCCUUCGAUUUCUGUAGCCUGGACAACCCAGAAGCUGUCCAGUCGGACACCAGCAGUAAGAACAGGCACAGCCACAGGCCCAAGCAUCUCAUUGUGGAGAACUUUCUCUCCCACGAGUCCAUGAAGAAGCCAAAGCACAAGAGGAAGCGGAAAAACUUACAGAACAGAGACGAUCUCCAGUUCCUGGCUGACCUGGAGGAGCUCAUCAGCAAGUUCCAAGUCUUCAGGAUUUCUCACCGAAGCUAUACCUUUUAUCACGAGAAUCCGUACCCCAGCAUUUUCAGGAUCAACUUUGAUCCCUACUACCCUGUGCCAUACAUCCAGUACGACCCAUUGCUGUAUCUUCGCAGGACCUCCGACAUGAAGUCUAAGAAAAAGCGUGGACGGCCUGCCAAAACCAAUGACACCAUGACGAAGGUGCCUUUCUUACAAGGGUUUGGUUACCCUAUUCCCAGCGGGAGUUACUAUGCACCCUAUGGAAUGCCUUACACAUCAAUGCCUAUGAUGAACCUUGGCUACUACAGUCAGUACCCGGCCCCGUUGUACUUGUCUCACACCCUUGGCACGGCGUCUCCUUUCAUGAGGCCCACUGUGCCCCCUCCCCAGUUCCAUCCAAGUUCACACAUGAAGAUGCCCAACACUGCCAAGCAUAAAGCCAAGCACGGCGUUCACUUGCAGACGCCCGUAGGGAUGGGCCUUGGAGACGUCCAUUCCUCGCUGACCUCCACCAAGGUUUCGGGGUCCAGCUUAUCCGGUGGGCGACUUCACAAAAGGAAACACAAACAUAAGCACAAACACAAGGAGGAGCGGAUAUUGGGGGCUCACGAGGACCUCAGUAGCCUCUUUGCAAGCAAGACUCCCGGUUUCUCCAGCCAUUCGGUGGGCGAGAGGCUAAACGUCUCCGAGAAAGACCUCUCCUUGUUGACGGAGAAAGUCAAACACAAGGACAAACAGAAGCACCAGCACUGUGAAGCUGGGCACAAAGGGUCCAAGAGUAGCUUUGAGGUGGACACCCUCUCUACAUUGUCGCUCUCCGACACCCAACAGUGGGCCCCGGGCAAGGAUAAGAACAACUCGAGCGGUGAUGAGCCCUGCAUGAAAAAGUACGCUGGGAACGCGGACAGCAAUACGAGGACCGAUGCGAUGGAUGUCUUUGGCGAGAUGAAUUCUGGGAGUGACAAGCGAGACGGGGACCCCAGCGGAGCGAAGAGAAGGAGCUUUGACGGAUUUGGGACCUACCGGGAGAAGGACUUUCAGACGUUCAGAGCAAGUCGGAAGGACAGGAAUGUCUACGAUUCCCCAGCUGUUUCAGGAAUUACCAGUUCUCACCUAAAAGCAGACCAGGCUUUGCUCCACAGUAAGAACGAAUGUUCUGCUUCGGCUGCAGUGACACGUCGGAAACCAGCAUCUCUCAACGGCAUUGCCGUGUCUUCAACGCCUAUCUUAUCACUCUUACCUUCUCCACCAGCAGCAGAAACAGCCAGCUCGACCCUCAAGAAGAGAUUCAAGCGGUGCGAAAUCGAAGCAAUCCAGUGCGAGGUGCGUAAGAUGUGCAGCUACACCAAGGUCCUCUCCACAAAGAAGAACUUGGACCAUGUCAACAAAAUCCUGAAAGCCAAACGGUUGCAGAGACAAUCCAAGACAGGGAAUAAUUUUGUCAAGAAGCGGCGAGGCCGUCCUCGGAAGCAGCCCCCUUCGUUUGACGACGACUCCAGAGACCAAAUGCCUGUGCUGGAGAAAUGCGUUGACCUGCCUUGCAAACGAGGUCAGCGGCUUCUCUUGAACUCUGUGGUCCUGGAACAGGCCAGCGGUCAAGAUCCGGUGGCAGCCACCAUUGAGGCGGUGGUGCACAUGGCCCGGGAAACGUCCCAGUCUCCCCUCCUCCCGGUCCCUCCGCCUCGGACGCCAAGAGUCGGAAAGCGGAAAAGCAAGUCACAGCCGCAUCCGGAGGACGAGGAAGACGAAGUGAAGGGGAAAAGGCAUCGGAAAAACAGAGGAAGCGAGAACGAACACCUUCCCUAGUAUCCAAGGUGGUCGAAGAAAGACAGAGGGGGGGGACGUCCCACCAGUAGGCCCGAGUGGACAAUUCUACAGCCUCUACAGACUUGCUCUGUCUGUCAGUAGCACAGCAAUCCUGAAGAAUCCAGAUGAAAUUGGA